GGUAUUUUUUAUUUUUUUAUGAGGAACCUGCAUCUCGCACACAGGCUACAGCGAGCGCACACACACGCGCACACACACACACACACACACACUCAGGGAAGACGGAGGAAGACUGAUACUGCGCAGACCUGUGUGUGCUCUCUGCAGCCUCAGGCUCUGAUGGGUGGAAUCCAUCGGAGUGAAAAUUAGCAGGAACCUGAAGGCCCCUGUCACACAUCUGAGACAGAGCUUCUCUCCUCUCCUCCGUCUCAUUCCGGCUCUCCGGAGCCCAUUGAUGCCCUCACACACUGUCACCGUUGGCGGGAGAUGACUGAGGGAGUUUGUGCGAGAUAAAAAGAUAAAAAGUCGCUCAGACAUCAGGCAAAGUAAUCUUAUCGAGUAGGACAUUUAAUUCUGUGCCGAACGAGCCCGGCUACCGGCUGGGGUCCCCAGACACCGGGAUUCCUCUCCACUCUAAUCUCAGUGGCUCAUAUUACGCCCGCCUCGCAGUGAGGAUCGUUGUUCCCCCGCGAUGAACAAGAUGAAGAAUUUCAAACGGCGCUUCUCUCUGUCCGUCCCGAGGACCGAGACCAUUGAGGAGACGGAGUUCACCGAGCAGAUCAACCAGCUCAACGUGCGCCACAAAGCGGAGAGCAGGAGCCUGCGGACUCUGCACCGGGACGGGGGUGUCACUCCUGGGGAGGAGAGGCCGCACUUCCCUGGCCCACGUCCACGCUUCCCCACGGAGGACGUCAGCAGACGCAUGUCUCUGCCCAUGGAUAUUCGCCUUCCUGCCGACUUCCUGCAGAAGCUCAAGCAGAAGAUGGACACCUCCCCUCCCAGCAAGCCCGCCAGCAGGAUGUCCCGGAGGGCGUCUCUGUCCGAUAUUGGCUUUGGGAAACAAGAGACCUACGUUAAGCUUGACAAACUGGGGGAGGGCACGUACGCCACGGUGUUUAAAGGCCGUAGUAAGCUCACAGAGAACCUGGUGGCUCUGAAGGAGAUUCGUCUGGAGCACGAGGAAGGAGCUCCCUGCACCGCCAUUCGAGAAGUGUCUCUGCUAAAGAAUCUGAAGCACGCCAAUAUCGUCAUCUUACAUGACAUUAUCCACACGGACCAAUCGCUCACUCUCGUCUUCGAGUACCUGGACAGUGACCUCAAACAGUACCUGGAUAGCUGUGGGAGCCUGAUGAGCAUGCACAACGCUAAGAUCUUCAUGUUCCAGUUGCUCAGAGGCCUAUCAUACUGCCACAAGCGUAAGAUUCUCCACCGCGACCUCAAGCCCCAGAACCUGCUGAUCAACGACAGGGGCGAGCUGAAGCUGGCUGACUUUGGCCUGGCUCGAGCCAAGUCUGUCCCCACCAAGACGUACUCCAACGAGGUGGUGACGCUGUGGUACCGCCCCCCGGACGUGCUCCUGGGGUCCACAGAGUACUCCACGCCCAUCGACAUGUGGGGGGUGGGGUGCAUAUUCUAUGAAGUGGUGACGGGCCGUGCCAUGUUCCCAGGAUCCACCGUGAAAGAGGAACUGCACCUCAUCUUCCGCCUCAUGGGCACCCCCACGGAGGAGUCGUGGCCUGGAAUCACAGCCAAUCAGGAGUUCCAGUCCUACCGCUUCCCCCUGUACAGAGCCCAGCCUCUCCUGAACCAUGUGCCAAGGUUAGACACCGAGGGGAUAGACCUCCUCUCUGAGCUGCUGCUGUAUGAUGCCAAACAGAGGGUCCCGGCCGAAGUUUCUCUCAGACACCCGUUCUUCAGGAGUCUAGGAGAGCACGUACACACCCUGCCGGACAACUCCUCAGUAUUCUCUCUUCCAGAGGUGCAGUUACAGAAGGAUCCGGGUUUUCGGGGUUUCCGGGGUACAGGGUUUCAGCAGUCUGCUCGUGGAAAGAACCGCAGACAGAGCAUAUUCUAAGCCCUGAGGCAGACUCUGAAGCCUGGGGAACUCAAGCACACAGGAUGUUUUUAUGUGUAGCGUCAGACCACGUGUCCUCCUAGGGGGGCGGAGGGGGGCCCCUUUGCCUCUUAAAACUGUCUUCUGCACCAUGUGACACAUGAAUUCAAUCAUAAGCUUGUACAUUUUAAUUGACUGACUGAUUGAUUAACUGAUUGAUUAGAGAGAGAGAGAGUGAGAGAGAGAGAGAGAGAGAGUGAGAGAGAGUGAGAAAGAGAGAGAGAGAGAGGGCAUUCAGUCAGCAAAGUACCUCUAAACAUUCUGGAUUUGUUGAAAAAUUUAUAUUUCUGCUAUAUAUUUAUUAGAUUACAAAGAGAAAUGUGUACUUAUUUUUUGUACCACAUAAUUGACUUAGCUGCAAGGCUGAAAAGCGAAACUAAAAAUCGAAUGGAGAGCUAGGGCCCGAGUUGCUUUGUGCAGAGAGUAGAGGAGUGUUUAUGAGUCCGGACCCGUCACACAGGAGACUCACUGGAGCCACUAGUGACCGCUGAGAUAGAGAUCCAACACGGCUGCCCUGUAUUACACUGGCAAUGUCUGGGUUCAUAAAAACAGUUCUCUGUACAAACAACUCGUACAUAUAGAAGCCUACAGCCUGCCUGCAGUCACAUGAGGCUGCUCAGCUGACCUAUGGCAGAAAGAGGAAAAAAGCAUAUUUAUUGGGACAUUAGUGCCAGUGUGCACACCUGCUGAACUGCCAUAAGAUGCUGUAUCAUGGAGAUGAGCCUGCACAUGGGCAGUGAAUAUUUUAACGUGUGAGAAAAGAAGGGCCACACAGUCAAAUAUUUAUGUAUUUAUAACCAGGAUUAACAAAGAGUGCAACUGUCCAGUGCAAUUUUACAAAUGUACUCACUUCUGUUGAAUGCAGCCUUGUGGUGACCUGUUCUUGAAGCUAGUUCUUUUUUUCCCAUUGGUGAAUGCAUCAGCUUUUUGUGAAUGACUGAGUAUAAGCAUUUAUUUCAAAUCGAAAAAAAUAUUUAUUGGGUAUUUUUUUAUUUAUUGUGGUCAUAGAAAAGGACUUCCAAAUAAAAGAGUAUUUUGAAAGCAAAAAAAAAUAAUAUAUAUAUAUAUAAGUAUAUAUAUUUCAGCACAAAUGUCAUUAUUCUUGAAGCAAUUCACUAGAUGACAUGAGACUGUUCUGUUUCUUUAAAAAAAUGUGUAGUUACCAUCCAUGGCAACCAUACAGGGUAAAUUCACAGUAAAGCUAGCCUGGUAUCUAAAUGUCAUAUACUGAAUACAUACUGUAGAGUACCGAUCAUACGACAAUCAGUAUCCAUAACCUAAUUUACCCAGUGUGCGCGAAUUAAACAUCCAGAAUGCAUUGUUGCAGCUCCUCUUAAUCACAGAUCAGUUGCUGAUCUUGUUACUGCAGGUUACACAGUCUUUACACAAGUCAUCGAUCACUUUGCAUAUUUGCAUAUUUGCAAUAAUAAAGAUCAAAACACUUUUUCCAAUAAUAGAUAUAGUUAUCACACCACACCAUAUUUACAUAAGGUCGCAGGGCGGCACGGAUGGUGCAGUGGGUAGCACUGCCGCCUCACAGCAAGGAGGUCCUGGGUUAGUAUCCCCGUCGGCCGGGGCCUCUCUGUGCGGAGUUUGCAUGUUCUCCCCGUGUUUGCGUGGGUUUCCUCCGGGUACUCUGGUUUCUUCCCACAGUCCAAAGACACGCAGGUUAGGCUGAUUGGAGAGUCUAAAUUGCCCAUAGGUUUAUAUGCACCUACAGUACUGUGCAAAAGUCUUAGGCUCCUGUAUAACAUUCUGUACAGAUAAGAUUCUUUCAAAAAUAAUUCAAUCAAAGGUCCUAAAUAAACAUACUAUACAUUUUAUAUUACAUUUUAGUCAUCUCAGACAGCCUUGAUCAAUUUUUUAUGUAAAAAGUAGUCAAUUGUUUACAGUAAUAUGUUACUUUUUUAAAUUAAAUACAAAAAUGUCUCUGUAAAAUUAAAUCUUUUGGAAAAUGAAUAUUUGGAAAUCUCAAAUGUGUUCUUUUAUACUAACACACACAAAAAAUAAACAUACAUAUAAUAAAGUCUAGGGUGCCUAAGACUUCUGCACAGUACUGUACAUUCAGUGCAUUAAAAGGAAAACAAGCAGCACAAUGCAUUUUGGGAAUUUGAGGGAGACAUGAAUAAAGUGAGUUUGUUUUUAACUAAAAAAUUUAAGAAACAUCAAAAUGUUCAUUUUUAAAAAGCCAUAAAUGUUUGAGGAACACCAAAAGGGAUGAAAUUGGUUCCUUGCUUUUUAGAAUGUAGAAGCUUUUCUGUGAAGUUACCUUUUCAAAUCAGGCACUAACUUACCAGGCUGUGAAUCUACUUGGCAACUCAGAACUUCAGCUGGUGGCUAUUUAAUGUAUUGUAAUUCUAAGCAAGGUUCAAGGUAGCAUUUAAAAGCAUGUCCAGCUUAAUUUGUAAGUUCGCCUGAUAAGUUGUCAAAUCUUGAAUUUGGUCCUAAAUGUUUCAUAAAUGUAGUACUAUAUUAUUUUUUUUUGUACCAAAUGUGGUAUGUUAAUAUUUUGUGCAGCUCCUUCAUUAAGGUGUACUGAAGCUUACAGUAGUGUGACUGUAGUAAGAACAACCCUGAUUAAAACCGCAAAGAAUAAAUGCAAUUAUUUUUGUGCCGCCA